AUGGGCUUAGUUCGUAAUCUGUGCGGGCUUUUGGCCCUGUGUGUGGUAUUUUAUGCUGAAUGUUGCAGUGGCUACUUGGCUUUUACGCCCUCCAGCACGCAUGGCGUCUUCGCCGCAUUGGCUGUGCCGCUGGAGCUGCCGCAUCGCAACGUGUUUGUUUCGUAUAACUUUGAGGCCAACUAUAACUCGCCCUACAACUGGAGUCUGCCAACCUUAUUUCAAAAUGGUCCCAUCGAAUCCGAAGAACUGGAGCUGUCUCGCAAGGCAACAAGCAGGCUAGAGCAGGCUGAUGUGGAGGGCAGCGGAUCAGAGGCGGAAGAAGCAACUUCAAUGCCCAAGCGCGAGAGACGCGCGUUGCUAACACGCAGCAAUAUUUAUCAUAUACUAAUGGAUAAAUUUAAAAGAAGCGGCUUCUCUGGCGAGUCCUGUUUGCUGCGCUUAAUCUGCGAGAGCAAUGCCGCUGAGCUGGGCGAACUGAAUGGCGUGCUGGGCAGUCUCAUGCAUGUGCUCUUCAGUCCCAGCACCUCGGAGCCGGAGCAGCUGCCGCUGCAGUUCUAUCAGGCGGAACGGGAUGGCUGGCAUGGUCAUUGUCAUCACUAUGAGCAAAGCUGUGGGCACAGCUUGUUGGCGCUGAUAUCGGAACCUUUUGAAGAGAUGCUCAAGCGCAUAGAAAUGUAGUUGCAAAUAAAACUUAUUUCAUUAAUUUUAGU